AUGAACAAGUUCUACCGCUCUGUUGCCCAGUGGCUCACCGAGCUGGAAAACCACGAGCCCGGGUUCGUCUUUGAGGCCUUCGACUGCUACAUCGCAUUGUUCUAUGUGGGCUUCGUUCAGCAGGACAUCCGGAAGCUGCGUAACGAGCUGAUCUGCCUCUAUGGCGUAGACAGCAUCAGAAGAGUCUUCGUGGAGAGUGUCCUCCCACUUGUCUUGGAUCGCAUCAGCAGGUAUCGGCUCAGCCGCAGAGCUGCAGAGCUCAAGAGGCAGGAGCAAGCGCACUUUCUCGAGGCGCUUGAGGCUCUAGACCAGCCGGAGUACGAACAGUUCGACGACUUCCUGGAAAUGGUCAUUGAGUUUGGCUAUGUGACACUCUUCGCAUCGGCUUUCCCCCUGGCCGGUGUCAUGUCCAUCGUCAGCAACCUCAUCGAGAUGAAGUCAGACAUGUUCAAGCUGGCCCUGGUCUACCAAAGGCCUAUGCCGCACCGAGCCUCCAACAUUGGCAUCUGGAGAACGCUUCUCCACAUCAUCGUGGCAUUCUCCGUAGCGACAAACGUCAUGAUCUUCACCAUGAGCGAGCAGUUCGCAUCUUGGGCACCGGGACUCUACCGCGAAGCGAGCAUCCACGACGUGCAUGGUGGACUCCUGGCCCAAGCCACCGACGCGACCACCGGAACUGCCGACCUGGUCAUGCGUCAAGGCUCGGGACGCUACGUGAUCUUUUUCGCAACAGUCUUGGAGCAUUUGGUUGGCCUGGCGGUCCUCAUCGUGAUGGCGGCCAUUCCUCGCGAACCGGAGUGGGUCUACUCUGAAAUUCUCCGGACGAAGCGCUUCAAGGCUUUCCGCGCGAAGGAGGCUGCCUUUGGAUGGUUGAGCGAGCAGAAGCCAGCUGGAGAUCGUGGAUGA